AUGCAAAUCAUCUUUUCUGAAGAGUGGUUGUCGGUAUCAUUUUUUUCUUUUCCAGUUGAAAUGGGUUGGAAGGAGGCCGGAAAGUUGAUCAGACAUUGGAAAGUACUCAGAGGAGAUAAUGUCAGGAUUAUUAGGGGCAAGGAUAAGGGCGAGUCUGGUCUGAUUAAACGUGUAACCCGCUCUCAAAAUCGCGUUAUUGUCGGGGAAAAAUCUGGUAGGAAGCUAAGGUUUCUGUGUUUCACUGCCUUGUUCUUUCCUAGGGUUAAGAAGCAUAUAAAAGCAAGUGAAGGUCACGAGGGAGGAAUCUUCACAGUUGAAGCUCCACUUCAUGCAUCAAAUGUCCAAGUUGUUGACCCACUCACAGGGAGACCCUGCAAGGUUGGAAUCAAGUAUCUCGAGGACGGUACCAAGGUAAGAGUGUCACGAGCAUCUCAAUCGAUAAUUAUAGGUCCUGAGAUAUUGAAGAUAAGGACGACGCCAAGACCUAACAUAGCCGGUCAGAAGGACACUCCGAUGGAUCUCGUGCUGGAGAAGACCUACGACUGUAAAACUGGGAAGUGCAUGCCUGAUCUUUGAGAAAACUGAGCGGCACCUUCGAUUUGGUAUUCUGCUAGAACAGAGUUGCUCUGUUUCAGUAAGCUGUUGACUUGGCCUCCCAUUUCUACUUAGCCGCUCCGUCUCAGAAGUCAGAAGUGAUAGUUCUUUCCUAGUCUGGUCAUAUGAAGAUUGAUGGUAGCGAUCAACACUGUCAACUCGACGACGACGGGGACUACGUCGUGGUUGAGGAAGAAGAGCUUGCUCUGACUCUCGUCAAUGCUAAUGAUCAUCUUAUUCUUCCCACCAAAUUUGGUAAUUGGCUCAGCCGCAAAGUCAUCCGCCCCCUUCUCUUCACGCCCGCUUCUUCAUCUUCAUCUUCUUCGGAGUUGAUUCUUUUCAGAGACAGUAGCAGCAGCGAUUCUGGUCUGCGAUCAAGCAAAUACGACGUCUUCAUCAGCUUCAGAGGAGUCGAUGUUCGAAACUCCUUCCACAGCCACCUGCACUAUCACCUCAACUGCUUAAAGAAACUCACCGUCUACAGUGACGACGCUGAUCUGGAAAGAGGGCGGCAUAUCUCGCCGGAUAUCUUGCUAGCAUUCGAGAGAUCAGUGGUUUAUAUAGUGAUUCUCUCCCCCAACUAUGCGGGUUCUCCAUGGUGCUUGGAGGAGCUCAAGAAGAUCCUCCGGUGUAGGAAGUUGUACGGUCGGAGGGCUAUACCAGUGUUCUACGGCGUUCAUCCUUCGGAUGUCGAGAAGCAAAAAUUGCCCUCUACUACUACCAUCGCCGCCGCGGCGAAUGUUCAAAGCUGGAGAGAUGCAUUGCGUGAGAUAGCCAGCCUCUCUGGAUUCGACUCUCAGGUCAUCAGGUAUAUUCCACACAGCCCACCAUCAUUCAAGUUACACUUUUUGUGUUAUGAAGUACUUCACAAUGUUUGGCUUGUGGGUUCUGCUUUAUUCAUCGAUUUGCUGUUAUCUAUCUAUGUGGACCUUAUCAGUGGAUCCACUCAUUCAUGUUGAUCAUUCACACCCAGUUUGGUCACUUGUGGUUGUGGAAUUUAAUCAACAAAUCUUACUGUGUUGUGCAUCUAUCGAUCUUGCUCGGCCAGACGAGAAACUGAACUCAUAGAGGAAGUCACCAAAAAUGUCUUCCAGGCAAUACGCAGCAGCAGUGAGAUGGUGAAGCUUUCAUCAUAUUCUGCCAGCAGAGGUUUAGUCGGGUUAGAGAUAAAAAUGAAACAAGUUCAGCGGCUGUUGUGCUUUGCUGAGAUGAGCAAUCGGACGAUAGGAUUGUGGGGAAUGGCCGGCAUUGGCAAGACCGCUCUUGCUAAGGCCAUAUUCGACGAGUUCUCUUGUCAAUUUGAGGCUUCCUACUUCUUCAGUAAUUUUGCAGAUGCAUCACAACUUCGCAGAGAUCUGCAAAGUGACUUUUUCUCGAAACUGUUGGGUGAUGAGAGUGGUGGCAGAUCAGCAUUAUCCUACGAGUUGACGCUUCAUCGUCUUGGCCGAAUGAAGGCUCUGGUCGUGAUCGAUGAUAUAGGCAACGAUGUGGGCAACAUAGGACCAUUGAAGGAUCUGUUAAAUGGUCAGUACUGCGAUUUGUUUGGUCCUGGGAGUAAGAUCAUCAUGACAAGCAGGAAUAAACAGCUUCUGAAGAGUGUGUGCCAUCAUGUAUAUGAAGUCGAGCCUUUAAACGAUGUAGAAGCCUUUCAACUCUUCUGCUUGCAUGCCUUCAGAAGCGAUAACAGUCCCCAAUCUGAAUACAUGGAGAUGGCCUUGGCAGCUGCACAUUACGCAAGUGGGAAUCCACUAGCGAUUACUGUGUUGGGCGCACACUUACAUGGUCGUGAUCUCCAGUUUUGGGAUCGGGAGCUGAAGGCUUUGCACGGCAAUCCAGAUCCAGUGGUUGAGAACAUCUUGAGAAGGAGUUACGUUGGAUUGAGUCGAGCAGAGAAAGAUGUAUUUCUUGAUCUUGCAUGCUUUUACAAUUACUGGUACCGUAUGGAAUUGAAGGAAUGUGUGGAAAUGUUGUCACCAGGUGGCACUGGCAACAUCAUUCCUAACCUUGUCGACAAGGCGCUUAUAAGUAUUGAUAUGAGUUUUGCUGACACAAUAGUAAUGAAUGCUUUGCUAAAAGACUUUGGCCGCAGAAUUGUCAAUGAAGAGCGCCACAUUGAAAAACGUUCGAGGUUGUGGAAUGCAAAAGACGAAUACUACCUCUUCAAGAAAAACAAGGGUACUGCAUCAAUUGAAGGCAUCUCAUGGGUUUUUGGAGGUGACGAGGGAUACAUGCCACCUGAGACAAAGACAUACAUACAGUCUGACGCUUUUGUGAAAAUGGAAAAUCUGCGAUUCCUUGUAGUUCAUCUUGGUUUCUGCAAUUUGAUUCCGCCAGAUGCCGGCUUGAUAUCCCUGCCAAAUACUUUGAAGGUUCUUGAAUGGCACUCAUUCUCUUCGAAGUCUUUGCCAUCCCAAUUCUCUGCUGAACAUCUAGUCAUACUUAAUCUGAAAUAUAGCAAGAUCGAGCAGGUUUGGGAAGGUGAUGAACUUAUGGAUUUGGGGAAUUUGAAGUACCUUUAUCUUUGCCUAUGCCGGAACUUGAGAAAGCUGCCUAAUCUCUCAACAGCUAGAAGGCUCGAAAGAAUCGAGCUUUUUGGCUGUGAGAGUUUAGCCGAGCUUCCCAAAUCGAUUUGGGAUCUUCCCAAAUUGGAAUGGCUCGAUGUGACUGGUUGCAGGAGCCUACAGUUGAAUUACUUGGAAUGUCCAGAACAGAGCACUGGUCUUGAUUCUGUUUAUUCUAGUUCCACGUCAUGCUCAUCGCCUAUUUUGGAACUGGGCUUCGUUGACUACAUGGAGUUGGCGGCAGUUCCAUCCUCCUCCUCCAUGGGAGAUCUCACUCCGCUAACUCAAUUGAACUUCUCCGGUUGCACAAGUCUAGCAAGCCUUCCCAACACCAUCCACAAGCUAUCCAACUUACAAACCCUCAACUUGCGCCAUUGCCAUCAAUUGAUUCGUUUACCAGGCCUUCCUUCAUCCUUGACAGAUUUGGAUGCAAGUGAUUGCACAUCACUUCAAACCUUGUCGAUUGACAAUAUUCUUGAGAAUCAUGAUUUAUCCAAGAUAAGCAGAUGGGACUUUAGCCAGUGCUGGAAGCUGGAUCCGGUAGUGUGCAGUAAGCUUGUGGACAAGUUCACUCAGGAUUGGGUUCGAAACUCCGGCUUCCCAUGUAUCAGACCGUCACGCCUCAGACUCCCGGGGAAAUGGGAUAUCAAGAGUGCUGGUGAAGGAGGAAGCAUAAUGGGAUGUAACACUAACAACGAUGAUAAUAAUAAUGCAAUGGCGACAGCACAGCUACGUGGACAACCUUGGAAGCUCAAGGCGCUAGUUUUAUGUGCUUUACUCGACUACCGACCCCUUGCUGAUUACUUCGAGUGUCAAGUUGACUGCGUGUUGCUCAACAAUGGUGUCGAAGUUGCUGUGAGCUCAUGCAAUUUGACUUGUUGUCCAUCAUACGAGGAUCAUGAGGAUGAGGAGGAGCAUCUCCCAAAUGGUCACAUUUGGGUAUGGUUCACUAACGACUUGGAUAAAAUGAGGAUGAUACAACAAUUCGCUGACAAAGAGGCUGAUCAUCCUGGCGGCACAGCUGAAUUCUUGUUUCGUAGCUUGUAUUGGCCGGGCAAAAUACCCGAAUUGACGAAGAAUUGUCGGGUGAUUCCGAUUUACGACGACAGAGUUUUGACAUAUGAAGAUGAAGAAGAAGAAGACAAUGAUCGAUCUCCAAACAACGUCAUGGGAUUAUAUGAUAAGUUGCGCACUGGCCAGUGCAAGUACUUCAAAGAUACCAGCAAAAGGACGCAAUGCCGAACAGCUCCACCGUCGCCUAGCUCGGGCUCCUCUCAACAGACUCCUCCUUCCGCCAUCAGUCACCACACCGACGGUUACCAGAUUCACCCCGUUCCAACCCCUCCGCCUUCUCCAUGAGCAUAAAGGAGUUCAGCAAGCACCGCUCUCUGCUCAAUGAUACCCGACGGCAUUGAAGUGAUUUCCUGUAACUGUCCUUCCUUCUGGGUUCGUCUCACCAGCAGCCUGUACAGCUUGCUUGUUGUUAUCUGCCUUCAUGUUUUAGCUGGUGGGGAGGUUGAUUUGGAUCAUACGUGUUUUGAUUACCAGUGGUCUUGUGUUCUAUUGGAAUAUGUGAAUAGAUGGUCUCGUCUCAUUUCAUGAAAUUAUACUGUAUGGACUUAUCUCAUUCGAUUCGAAUGAGGAUAUCACGUUAAUCAUCGUGUUCUUGUCUUCUUUUGUUGAUUUCGUCACCCUUGAUUGUCCUUUUUUUUCUUUCUUUUUUAUUCUGUUGUUGAACCUCUUCUGGCUACCAAUGGCCUGUUGGGGUGUUAAUCCUUCUAGCAUGCCUGAUCUUAGAGAAAACUGAGCUGCACUGCGCCUUCAACUCUGUAUUCCGGUAGAUGGGUCAAUAAAUUGCUUAAAAACCCAUGCUAUGGGGCCUUGCUCCUUUGCUUCAACUUGCAUCAUUCAUCUUAUGCCCAAGAAAAAACGUGUAUGAUCAUUCCAUUGCUGAU